AUGGGAAGGUUCUUAUUGUUGCUUUUCCUCUGUCACUUUUCAUCAUCAGUGAAACACUCCUUGCAGUAUUUCUUCACUCAAACAACUGGAGUCCAGAGCAUCCCUGAGUUUGUGGCUGUUGCCCUUUUUGAUGGAGUUCAGGGAGGUUACUAUGAUAGCAGCACAAGAAGAGCAGAACCCAAAACAGAAUGGAUUAAAAAGCUCAUGCAGGAUGAUCCUCAGCACCUGCAGUGGUACGCUGAUCAAUCUUUGCACACCAAUGAGGUUUUCAAACAUUACAUUGGGAGUUUAAGGCAACGUUUCAACCAAACUGGAGGUGUUCAUAUUUUGCAGAGUAUGAAUGGCUGUGAAUGGGAUGAUGAGACUGGAGAGGUUAAUGGCUUCAUUCAGUACGGUUAUGAUGGAGAAGAUUUUAUAGCAUUGGACCUGCAGAAACUGACAUGGAUCACUGCAAAACCACAGGCUGUCAUCACCAAACUGAGAUGGGAUACUGAAAAAACUCGAUUAGAACACAAUAAAGAACUUUUCAUCCAUAAAUGCCCUGAGCUUUUAAAGAAGUAUUUGCAGUAUGGGAGGAUCUUUUUGCAGACAGCAGUCCUACCUUCAGUGUUUCUCCUCCAGAAGUCGUCCUCCUCUCCAGUCAGCUGCCAUGCUACAGGUUUCUAUCCUCACAGCGCCGUGAUGUUCUGGAGGAAAGAUGGAGAGGAGAUUCAUGAAGGUGUGCAUCACACAGAGAGCCUCCCCAACAAUGAUGGGACCUUCCAGAUGAGUGUUGAUUUGAAACUUUCAGUCACACCUGAAGACUGGCAGAGGUACGACUGCGUGUUUCAGCUCUCUGGUGUGAACGAGGACAUCAUCACCAAACUGGACAAAGCAGUGAUCAAGACAAACUGGGAGAAGCCCGUUGACAUCAGAGCCACAGUGGUUGUUCUAGCAAUUGUCCUCAUUGCAGCUGUUGCAGUUGGGGCAGCUGUGGUGUUUGUCGCUUACAAAAGAAAGAAAGCUCCUGACAAUGUCUCUGAACAGUCUGAGAGACUAAAUCCACAAACAUGA